AAAGGCUACCACUUUCUCCAGUUUAUUUUUUUCCGGGUAAACAGCCUCAAUGCUAAACUUCAUUUUCAGCAAAUUUGUAUUAUUCUUAAUUCUGUCUGCAAGUUUCACGUACUCCAUUAAGUUCACAGCACUUGUGAAUUUGAGAUGUCGGAGCUAUGCGGUUUGGUAUAGCCAUUCCUCGAUGUGGGAGAAGGAUUCUUUGACCCCAGACGACCUUCUCGCCUACGAAGGAUCCACACGGAACGAAAAGGAAACUCGAUUCUACAAUCUUACGAGCGAGGACACUUGGGAUGAAUGGCUGAGUAAUGCCUUCGAAAUACAAAUCCACAUCUCUCAUAAUUGCAGCACAAAUGGAGUUCUACAAAUCCGGAAAUUGAAACGAAUUCCUAAGUUUUUGUUGCAGGAUGUGAAAGAAGAAAUUAUCAAUUUUGAGAUUGAUGUCACCAACAGUGGGGAGAUUGUUCAUCACUAUAGAUGAUUUUUUUCUAAUAAAAUUUCCAAUUUAAUUCCAGCUCCCCUACGCUUUGUAGCUCAAUGAGCAGACCUUGUGAUUCACACUUUUCCCACGUUUUAACUGCUGAUAAGACUUUAAUGCAAUAUAAAUUUUUUGCUCAAA